CUGCGAAAAGAAGGCAGAAAAAGGCUGGCCUCGACGCAUACACCACUCUGACUCUCGGAGCUCACUCUCGGAUGUAAUGCCAUCGGCCGCUCGUCGCAUGACGAGGUGGCAAAGCGCUUGCGCCAGCUCGGAGGUUCGCGCGUCCGUCGUUGCGUCCAGUACACAUGAAGAAGAGUAGGGGGCCCUACGCCACAUACCCCUGCGCCGAGUAUUAUAUACGCCCGGUGGGUAGUGUAAUCUACGGCAGCCACUGCCAGUUGACAUGUUGCAUGCAAUCCGAAUCACACCCGCCCUCAUGUUGCCCUUCAAAGGCAAGCGCCGACGUCAACUGCAAUGCCCUCAACGAGGGUACUGAUGACGCUACACGCUGGCUUUCCUCGGCGACUCGUAGAGUGUCGAGACUGGCGCUGUGGUCAUUCGCUGCUGGCCUGCUAGUCGGCGAUCGGGCAUCUUGCGACUGCAGCGCGUGCAGACGCGUGCCAUGGUCAUCCGGAUAACGCGCUGCCGGAAUCCCACCACAAGAACACUGGGGCAAACUGUUCGGAGCUUCGAUCUUCGACUAUGAAGCUUGAUGUUUGUAUGGGCUUGUGCGAACUACGUGUGUGGGUUGAAUGCGCAAUGUCGUGAUUGCCGAUUCACGUGGGGAAAACUCUGCGGAAUAUCUUUUGCCCAUUGGCAUCGAGAGCCAUUUCCAAAGAGCAAGAUGGCCGCCAACUUGCAGCCGACGCUUGAAGCCGCCAAGGCGCUUGCGAUCGCCCAUGCGGACAAGAACCUUCUGCCUGUAUACCUCGACGUGACGGCGGACCUCGACUCGCCCGUGAGCGUCUACCUCAAGCUCAUGCAGCACCAAGCGCCGGGCACGCAGUCGUUCCUCCUCGAGUCCAUCGCGCCCGGCGAGAACAUUGCGCGCUACUCGUUCAUUGGCACGAGUCCGUUCAAGAUUCUGACGUCGGGACCCAACUGCGCGUACCAAGGCGACCCGCUUGUGCAGCUCGAGGCGGAAAUGGCCGGCUUCCGCCUCAUUGCGCUGCCGGAGCUCGCGCUCCCAAUGACGGGCGGCGCCGUCGGCUACUGCAGCUUUGACGCGGUGCGCCACUUUGAGCCGACGGUCGGGCCGUUCGUUGAGGCGCAGAAGGACGUGUUCCAGAUCCCAGAGAGCAUGUACAUGCUCUUCGACACGGUCGUAGUCUUUGACCACGUGUUUCACUCGCUCAAGAUUGUGACGCACUGCCGACUCGACCAUCCAUCGCGGGACCUUACCGCCGAGUACGCAGCCGCGUCGGACCGCAUCCGCUCGAUCCAAGCGCAGAUCGAGUCACCGCUACCGCGGUCCUGCAGCAGCUCGCAUGUCAGCGACAAGAUCGUCGGCGACGCCCUCGACUACAACGCCAUGUCGAACGUCGGCGAAGCCGCUUACAUGAGCUUUGUCGAUACGCUCAAGCAGCACAUUGUGGACGGCGACAUCUUCCAAGCCGUGCCCUCCCACCGCCUCAACGUCCCGCUGCCCGAGAACGUCACGUCGUUCGACUUGUACCGGCAAAUGCGCGUGAUCAACCCGUCGCCGUACAUGUUCUACCUCAACUUUGGCGACGGUCUCGAGGUCGUUGGUGCAUCGCCCGAGAUGCUCGUCAAGGUCGACCAGAACGCCGUCGUCGAGACGCACCCGAUCGCGGGGACGCGCCACCGCGGCAAGACGCCGGCCGAGGACCAAGCGCUCGCCGACGAGCUCCUCGCCGACGAGAAGGAGCGCGCCGAGCACAUUAUGCUCGUGGACCUCGGCCGCAACGACGUCGGUCGCGUCGCUGUCCCAGGCUCGGUCCGAGUCGAGGCGCUCAUGGCGAUUGAAAAGUACUCGCACGUCAUGCACAUUGUGUCGGUCGUCAAGGGCCAGCUCCGGCAGGACAAGACCAUCUACGAUGCCUACCGUGCGCUCUUCCCCGCCGGCACGCUCACGGGCGCACCCAAGGUCAAGGCCAUGCAGCUCAUCUGCGGCCUCGAGAAGGAGCGCCGCGGUAUCUACGGCGGGUCGGUCGGCUACGUGAGCUUUGGCGGCGUCCUCGACACGGCCAUUGCGAUCCGAACGAUCGUCGUCCACGAUCGCCGCGCCUACUGCCAAGCCGGCGCUGGCAUCGUAUACGACUCCAACCCCGCCGCCGAGUACAACGAGACUAUCAUCAAGCUCGGGUCGGCGGUGCGCACCGUGCAAAAGUGUGCGCGGCAAAAGCAACUGUCAUAAUGUACAUACAUCGAUAUGGACGGUCGCUGCUGCGAAAUGGAGAAUGCGUAUGGGUACCGCCACUUGCAGCUGCUUGCUACUAUCGCCAAAGGUCGAGUGUCUUGACUGCAAGAGCGUUUUGUUGGUUUUUGGAAAAAUCGAGCUUCUGCCAUGUCCAAUGGGCUGGCGGCGUGCAUGACGUGGCACGACGCACGGGCUCCAAGGUGACGCGAAGGCAACCAAGGCGAUCCGACGACGACGCAUACCGUAUGCAUUAGACUACCGG